GCUGUGUUCCGGUGAGGUGACGCCAGCCGCUGCACAGGUCCCUGUGACAUGGUGUUGUGUAUCCGGGGUGACGCUGGAGUCAUGCAGUAGAGAUCUCGUAUUUGGAUGAGCUUGCUUAAUUGUUGGAGCCGCUUUGUGAUCAGGGUUGUGUACUGGUACUGAAGAUGAGUCCCACGCAGUGGGAUUUCCCUGUGGAAUUAUGCUGUCGGCCGAUGGCAUUUGUGACCCUCACAGGUUUAGAUGUGACCUUCAAUGCUGUUCAUCGUGCUAUUUGGGAUGCGUUCUGUGCAAACAGAAGAGCAGACCGAGUACCUAUCUCGUUUAAGGUUCUUCCUGGUGAUCAUGAGUAUCCAAAAUGCAGAACAAAGAGAACUUCGUAUGAGUGGUAUAUACCCAAAGGGAUUCUUAAAACCGGUUGGAUGAACAAACACCUUAAUCUGGUGCCGGCCUUGGUAGUGGUGUUUUAUGAGCUGGACUGGGAUGAGGCCCAAUGGAAGGAAAAGCAGUCUGAAUGUGCAACCAGAGUGGAAAUUGUGAGGCAGAGCCUACAGGGAAGAAACACAAAGGUCGCUGUGGUUUUAAUUCAGAGGAAGACCCCUCUACCCCCAGGUGAAGAUAUGAUUGCUUCAGAACGUGCUGCUGCUUUGUGCAAUGCCUGUGAUCUCUCAGGCAAAUCCCUAUUUGUUCUGCCGCACACUGACCACCUUGUGGGCUACAUAAUCAGAUUAGAGAACGCGUUUUAUGAACACGCGCAAACAUAUUACUACACGGAAAUCCGAAGGGUAAAGUCACACAAGGAGUUCCUGAAUAAAACCACCCACCAGUUACUGUUUGUAAGGCACCAGUUCAAGAUUGCAUUUUUCAGUGAGCUGAAGCAGGACACACAGAAUGCCUUGAAAAAUUACCGUACUGCGUAUAAUCUAGUACACGAGCUGAGGUCUCAUGAAACUAACAUGCUGGAGAUAAAGACCAUUGCUGGAUUUAUAAACUAUAAGAUCUGCCGCCUGUGUUUCCAGCAUAAUACGCCGCUAGAUGCCAUUGCGCAAUUCAGAAAACACAUUGAUCUGUGCAAGAAAAAAAUUGGAAGUGCCGAGCUGGCCUUUGAGCAUGCGGCUUGGAUGUCUAAACAGUUCCAGGCGUUUGGGGAUUUAUUUGAUGAAGCAAUUAAGCUGGGCCUGACGGCUAUUCAGACGCAGAACCCCGGCUUCUACUAUCAGCAGGCAGCAUACUAUUCACAGGAGCGCAAGCAGGUAGCGGCACAUCUGUGUAACCACGACCCGUCAGUGCUAUAUCCAAAUCCUGAUCCUCUCGAUGUCCCCAAUGGAGUGCUUGACUUCUAUGGACAGAGGCCAUGGCGCCAAGGAAUACUGAGUUUUGAUCUUUCGGACCCAGAGAAGGAGAAGGCAGGGAUUCUGGCUUCACAACAGAAAGAGCGGACUGUUGUUCACUCAGAACAAAUCAUUAGCCUUCUGAGCAGUGCUGUUGCCCAGUUCAAGAAAUAUAAGUGUCCACGAAUGAAAUGCCACUUAAUGGUUCAAAUGGGAGAGGAAUAUUACUACGCAAAAGACUACAGUAAAGCACUCAAGUUGCUGGACUAUGUAAUGUGUGACUAUCGUAGUGAGCGGUGGUGGACGCUUCUCACUUCCAUACUGACCACAGCUCUCAAAUGUGCCUACCUCAUGGCCCAACUGAAUGACUAUAUCACCUAUUCCCUGGAGCUGCUGGGGAGAGCAUCAACCUUAAAAGAGGAUCAGAAGUCCAGAAUUGAGAAAAACCUGAUCAAAGUGCUAAUGAAUGAGAGCCCGGAUCCAGAGCCAGAGUGCGAUGAAUCUAUGGUGAAAACAGCACAAAGACUCUGGACAGACAGAAUAUCCUUGGCAGGCAGCAAUAUCUUUACCAUUGAGGUGCAAGACAUUGUGUCAUUUGUGCAGUGUAAGGCCAAGUUCCUGUAUCCAAGCUUUCACGUGGAUACACCUGUUGAGCUGUUUGUGUAUCUGAAAACCGACUGCCCCCAUCCGAUCCGCUUCACCAAACUCUGUGUUGGUUUCAGCAACCAGGAAUACAAUCAGUUCUGUGUGGUUGAAGAACAGUGCCAGGCCAGUGAUGUAUUGGAGCAAUCGGUGCAAGGGACAAUGUGCCUGGUACCCGGGAAGACCCGAAAAUUCUCCUUUAAGUUUGUUGCAAAAACAGAAGAUGUUGGGAAGAAGAUUGAGAUCACGUCGGUGAAUCUAAUCCUGGGUAGUGAGACAGGCCGAUGUGUUGUCCUGAACUGGCGGGGAGGUGGAGGAGAUGCAGCAUCUGCUCAAGAGGCUGUGCAGGCAGCUCGCUCCUUCAAACGUAAGCCCAAGUUGCCCGAGAAUGAUGUGCACUGGGAUAGUAUCACAAUCCAAGCCAGCACCAUGAUCAUUUCCAGAGUUCCAAAGAUUUCUGUCCAGUUGCACCAUGAGCCUCCAGCCCUUACUAACGAAAUGUAUUGUUUAAUGAUAACAAUACAGUCUCAGGAAAGCACACUCAUCAAGGAUGUGAAACUCACCGCGGGCCUGAAGCCAGGGCAAGAUGCCAACCUGACACAGAAGACCGUGGUCACGCUCCACGGAGGAGAAACGUGCGAUGACUCGAGCCCGGCUCUGCUUACUGAUAUAUCUGUAGGAAAUCUGCAGCCUGGAGAAAAGCUGGAUAUGCCUCUGUACAUCCGUUGUGGAUCUGUUGGCACACGUGUAUUCUUGGUCUACGUUUCAUAUCUGAUGGACACGUCCGUUGAGGACAAAGAGAUCAUUUGCAAAUGUCAUAGGGAUGAAACUGUAACAAUUGAAACGGUGUACCCGUUUGAUGUUGCUGUGAGAUUUGUAUCUACUAAGUUUGAGCAUUUAGAACGGGUGUAUGCAGGCAUCCCGUUUUUGCUAAUGACCGAUAUCCUAAGUGCCUCUCCGUGGGCUCUUACCAUCAAAUCCAGCCAGCUGCAACUUGCGUCAUCUGUCAUAGCUGUGGAUCAACCAGAAUGCCACGUUGAAAAUAUUGUUCUGCAAACUGGUGAGAGUGCUAGUGAAUGUUUUUGUCUUAAGUGUCCUCCGGUUGCUAACAGUGAAAAUGGUGUUGCCACCGGUAGCUAUAACAUCUCUUGGAAGAGGAGUUCUGCUGGAGAAGAUGUACCAGUUGUAAGCUCGGUGAUAACUUUACCCCAUGUGAUAGUUGAGAGCAUUCCACUCCACUUGCAUGCAGAUCUUCCAUCGUUUGGACGAGUUAGAGAAUCUCUUCCCGUCACUUACCAUUUACAAAACAAAACCAACUUGGUGCAGGACAUAGAAAUCUCAGUGGAACCAAGUGAAGCUUUCAUGUUUUCUGGGCUCAAGCAAAUUCGACUGCAGAUACUUCCGGACACUGCCCAGAAAAUGCUGUACAAUUUCUACCCUCUCAUGGCUGGAUAUCAGCAGCUGCCUUCCCUAAACAUCAGCUUACUGAGAUUCCCCAACUAUACCAGUCACCUGCUGAAACGCUUUCUCCCUACACACGUCUUUGUGAAGCCACAGGGACGUCGUGUUGAAGAAGACGCCAUUAGCCCAGCAUAAAAUGGACGAGCUCCAAGUUAUAUCCAAAACUUCACAUCAAAAUUAUAGGACUGUUUUCGGUCUGAAUGUGUUUGUGAUUUUUGAUUGAUAGACUCUGCUAAGAAAGAUUUAAUAAACCCCUCAUGCUAAAAUGUAA